GUCAAGCAUGACCAGGGGCGCCGACUAGCGAGCCCACGCGCCCGUCUUUCCAGAACGUUGGCUGGAAAGACAAGAUGCGCAUGGCUGCAGUCCUUCAUCGUGGCAGAGAAUGACCGGACGGCCUGAUCAACCCAGAAACGGACUCCCUGUCCUUGACGAAGGGGGGAAGAGGGGGGGAGGAGAGCGGGCGCAUACGUCAGGUUCUGACCUUGUUCAGGCCCGUAUCCGGCCAAGUCGAAGUUUUCGAAUCGCAAUCAAGGGAGCUUCAGAAUCGCAUUGUUCGGGCCUGACGGAACAUGCUUAUUGGACCGCACCAUGCAGAAGAGGUCGACUUCGACCGGGGCUUAGCAAGCAUGUCUUGUGGCGAUCGGACGAGUUUAUCAACGGUGUAAUGUACGUGGAGAAUACUUGUACACUAGAGCGGCAUCCUGGCUCGCCUCGCCUCGCCUCGCCUUGCCUUGCCCUUGCAUUCUGCACUCUUUGUCAAUUGUCAAUAUGGCUCCUGCUCGCUUUUUGUUGUGGCAGUGGCAAACAGUACCGAAGGAGGUUGAGGGGACACUUUUGCCGCGUAUCGAUGCGCGUACCGUGGUGGGAUGGGAACCUCCCAAGGGGUUUGCCGUACGGAUCGUACGAUAACCCCCCCUUUCGAGGUCGGCAACCAAGAUGAUAUUCGAAAAACUGAAGCAAGGACGGGUCAUGCAGGGGGUCCGUCAUGGCAGACAGUAGGGGAAAAAAACACACACAUAGGCAGAA